AUGGCCGAUACAAAGAAGUCUAGAGGCCUUGCCGCUACAGGUGUUGGGACGGUGGAUUGUGCCAGGCACAAUAUGAAACUUCGCAACGCAGUUGGUGACUUACAGAAGGGCGAGAAGUACAUUAAUAUGGAUUACCUAUUUUUUUCGGCAAUGAAACACCACGACGUCAUCGUUCUCAACAUAUCAUACGAUAUCGCGUGUCAAUGGUCCAAGCAUCUGUGGUCGCGGAUGUCAAAGCUUCCUUCCGCGUUUCAUCUGGAUCACGACAACAAACAGGUCAACUUUCUUAUUCCAAAAUUCCAUCUACCGGCCCACAUCGAGCCAUGCCAGAUUGAUUUUUCUUUUAAUUUCUCUCGGCAUGUUGGUCGUACUGAUGGCGAAGCUCUGGAACGCGGGUGGGCUAAUAUUAACCCGAUCGCAUCAAGCACCAAGGAGAUGGGCCCAGGCUCUCGGCAUGAUACACUCGAUGACCAUUUCGGUGAUUGGAAUUGGAAGCGUGUUGUCCAGCUUGGACGACUCACUGCUCGAAAAUUAGCAAACGCCGUGGAGCAAAAAGCCGAUCAUCAACGCGAGCUUUUGGAACUUGAAAGCUGCCUGCAAGCACAAGAUAUUUCCGAAUGGAGAAUUGACAUAGAGGCUUGGGAACUGGAUCGCAUGCAGCCAAAUCCAUUCAAGGUCCGAGUAGCACCCGAGACACAGGCUGCUAUUCGUCUAGAACUCGCACGUAUUGAAGCCGCAGAACUUGAGUCUGGCACAAAUGUCUCCCUUCAUGCAGAAGUCCCCCCCUCGGUAUUAAUCAGUUCCGCAAUUGACCUAGAAGAUCAACAACGACGUUUAUCGCAUGAGAUAGCAGCACUCGGCGCCCAUGCAACCGACCACCAACUCGCUAAGGUCCAGCUGCAUGCCAAUACAUUACGCAGGAAAGUUGAUGGGUGGCAGGAGAUCCAAUUGCUUUAUAUGCCAUUCGUGUCUCGCCUACGCGCCAAUGAAGAUUGUGCACGCUCCUCUACGGAUGCAACACCCGCUGUCGAAGCUAUUAAUCUGUGGCUACCAUCUGCAGUCGGCCCAGACACACAGUGUCCUACUCAGCUUCAUCGCUUCGAAUGGAUGUUACGCUACGCCCAAGCAAAUGAUGCGUUAAAGGACAUUCGAAAUCUUUUGCGUCUCCGCUCACACCUAUAUAAAUUCAAGGAUAACAACAUCGUCGACCAAGCAGCUAAUACCCGCGCAAGAAGUACUAUCAAUAAGACCGAUGUCAAAGUCAGCAUGGCCGCUGAGCGUUAUGAAGUUGCGAGGGCGGCGCUCACUGCUCUGGCGCAGAUUCUCGAUGAAGGCCCGGCCUGGCAAGAUAUAUUCAAGCCUCUCAAUCGCAACAGGGACCUGAAAUCGUUGAAGGACAUGUGGGAAAAGGAGACGGAGGGGACGAGACACCUGUCGUGGAUCUGGAAGACACCGGGGGUGGCAGAGGACGCCAGUCCCUUCGUAUCGAAUGGUGCAAGGCGCGCGCGCGCGAUGCGAUGGGAGGAGGAGGUCGAUUUGCUGAAGGAGGAGCAACGGCGGGUCAUUGCAUUCCUGGACUGGCAGGCAGACUGGUGGUGGUGUCAAAGACAAGGCCGCGAUUCAGAACACUUGGAUGACUGCUUGAGGGAAGGUUUGAAGGCCUAUGCCGAACGCCAGGCAUCGCUGCGCAGGGCUUUAUCGGCUCAAUUUCAGGCAUUGUGGACGACACCUACCCUCCCAGCAGCAACAAGCAUCGACACAGCAACAUUCACUGUUUGA